UCAUGUCCAGCAAUCCAGUGUGCAUUCAUGAUUUUGAAAAACAUGCAAAAGACAUUCUACCCAAAGCAGUCUAUGAUUAUUACUCUUCAGGAGCAGAUGAACAACAGACCUUAAAGGACAAUGUGGCUGCUUUCUCCAGAUGGCAACUCUGCCCACGUGUGCUUAGGGAUGUGUCACACAUGGAUUUAUCUGUAACUAUCUUGGGGCAAAGAAUUAGCAUGCCCAUUUGUGUUUCUGCUACUGCUAUGCAACGGAUGGCACAUCCAGAAGGAGAAGUGGCAACAGUAAAAGCCUGCAGAUCGCAGGGCACGGGCAUGAUGCUCAGCACCUGGGCCACCUCCAGCAUCGAGCAGGUGGCGGACGCUGCACCCAGCGCCGUCCGUUGGCUGCAGUUGUACAUCUACAAGGACCGGAUGCUCACCAAAUCACUUGUAAGGAGAGCCGAGAAGGCAGGCUACCAAGGAAUCUUUCUUACCGUGGACACGCCGUACCUGGGAAAGCGUUUAGCAGAUGUACGGAACAAGUUCAAACUGCCCCCUCACCUCAGGAUGGCAAACUUCAAGAGCCUUGAUUUGGCAUUUUCCAGAAAGGACUAUGGAGAGGACAGUGGGCUGGCUGUAUACACAGCUAAUGCGAUUGACCCCACUAUCAAAUGGCAGGAUAUCGACUGGCUGAGACAAUUGACCAAACUACCUAUUGUUCUCAAGGGCAUCUUGAGAGCCGAUGAUGCCAGAGAAGCGGUUAAGCAUGGAAUUGUUGGAAUACUUGUGUCAAAUCAUGGAGCAAGGCAAUUGGAUUGUGUACCAGCAACUAUUGACGCCCUUGCUGAGAUCACUGAAGCUGUGGAAGGGAAGGCUGAAGUCUUCUUGGACGGUGGCGUGCAGAAGGGCACUGAUGUGCUGAAAGCUCUUGCUUUGGGUGCCAAGGCUGUGUUUGUGGGAAGGCCAGUCCUGUGGGGGUUGGCUUAUCAGUGGAACUCUAUUUCAUCCCAAGUUCUUCCUCCUUCCCACCCAAGAUUUCUGGGGGAAGAAGGAGUUCACAAAGUCCUAGAGAUACUAAAAGAAGAAUUCAGGCUAGCCUUGGCUCUUGCAGGAUGUCGCAAUGUGAGUGAAGUUGACCAUUCUCUUGUGAAGAGGAGUCCCUGGGCAACAUCACGGAUCUGAAGCAGCCAUUGCUGGAAUGACAAGAAGGAGUCAGCAAAAAAUUGCUGCAGACUGUUGGAACCAUCAUUGGGAAUUCUCCAAGGGAAGAAUGGAGUCUGGAUGGAAAAUUAUCUUUAGGUGAAACCACUGUAAUCAUGAAAGCAAUGCUUCUUAGUCCUUGUGAUAUCUUGAUUUACUGCACUACUUACAACUAGGAAAUUUGCAAUAUGAAAUAUUUUCCUCACUUUUCUCUAGCCUAUAAUGUAGGAUAAAAUCAGGUGCCAGAUGGCCGGAUAUGAUAUUAAAUAAAAAACAAAAUUGCUGGAAACAGUCAUCAGGUCAGGCAGCAUCUGUGAAACAGAGUGACCAUUGCAGGUCAAACACCAGAUAUUAAAACCAUCCUGAUCACGAUGAAAAUUACUAUGUUUGUGAAUUAGUUUAAUUUAUUCAUUUGCAGGAUUUGGGCUUUGCUGAUUAGGUCAACGAUUAUUUCACAUUGCUAACUGUCCUUGAGGUGUUACUGUUCAGCCAUCUUCCUGAACUGCUACACUCCAUAAUCUUUCAGCAUUUGAUGUAUAUUAUUUAUCUCUGGUUCUCUAGGUUGCAAUGCCAAUAUUUUUGCCUGGUGAUGAGGCAGAAACAGCAAUAUUUGUUCAAGUCAGUACUGUGUGUUACUUGUUGGAAAUGAUGAAGCUGGUCACUGUCAGGUAUCAGGAAAAUGGUGACGGUUAGGUCUCAGGAAGGUGGUGAUGGUUGGGUCUCAGGAUGUCUCAGAAUACCAGCUUGGAAUGAGUUGGAGUGAAUCAAAAAUAAGUGUCACAAGUGAUUAAGUAUCAUCUCAAAUUGCCAAAGAGGGAAAGUAGAGAAAUUUGGAUAUUUCUCUUUACAUGGGAGGAAUUGUCUUCUGUAGCUCCUGAAUGGAUAAAUGCUGGGUUAGUGCUGUUGCCAUUUUACAUUAGAACAGAAGAAACAGAAGCAGAGCAGGGAAUUCUAUCCCUGGAGCCUGCUCUGCAAUUCAACAAGAUUAUGGCUGAUCUUCCACUGUGUGUGUGUGUGUGUGUGUGUGUGUGUGUGUGUGUGUGUGUGUGUGUGUGUGUGUGUGUGUGUGUGUGUGUGUGUGUGUGUGUGUGUGAGAGAUGAGAGAGAGAGAGAGAGAGAGAGAGAGAGAGAGAGAGAGAGAGAUAAUAUAAAAGACAGAUAACUGAGAGCCAGAGUUGGUAUGAAUGGUUUUAGGGAAAGUGGCGGAGGAGGACGAGAAGAUGAAAGAUUCAGCAAAGCUGUGAAGAUUUGAAUGGUUGGGGAACCUAGAAUGUGAAAACAGGCAGGGAGGACACCUCGUCCUGUUCGAUGUCUGUAAUUGCUGCCUGACCAGCAGAAUGCUUUCAGCAUUUAGUGUAUGUAUUUUAUUUCUGCAUUUCUUAAGAUUUUUUCUAAGAAUAUUGAUAAUAGAAUAGUCCAUUCAUCAUUUUACUUCUUGGGGUCUGAUUCUUCAAGCACUAGUAGCCUUCGUGGAUCUUAUCCAGGUAUUUUAUCUUCAUGUAUGAACACACUGAGUGAAUGGGAGAUAAGGACUAUUCUCUGUUCUCAGUUGAUAUCCACAUUCAUUUUACAGCAAACCUUCCAUAAAAUAAGGUCAUUUCUCAGAGUUAGUACUUACUCAACAUUGGGUUUGAACGAGGGACCGGGGGAGGUCAUUUACAACUGAGGUGUGUGGAAUUUCUUCUUGCAGAGGGUGGUGACUCCUGGAAUUGUCUAUCCAGAGGGUUGUGGAGACUAGAUUACAAGAGCUAUUCAAAGAGGAGGGAGAUAAAUUGUUGAAAGAUGAUGGAAUUGAGGGCUAUGGGGAACUGGCACAGAAGAGUUGAGACCUGGGGCAGAUCAGUCAUAAUGAGACUGAAAGGUGGAGAAGGCUUGAGAGGUCAGGUGGUUUAAUCCUGCUCCUUUUUUUUGUCCUUGUAGGCUAAAUAAUAACAUGAUUUCACUUUUGGUGGGUCAGUAAGGUUCAUGUUAAUUGACAUUAACUCAGCUUCUGUUAAUUGUAUUACUCUGUUCUGGUGAUCCCACAAUUAACGGAUUGCACAUUUCCUGAUGCCCCUGUUCUAUCUCAAGAUGACCUCUCUUAUGGCCUCGGUAAAUCUACUUCCUAUCAGCAAUAUUGAGCUGGAUAAGCACCCCAUUGCUCAGAACACCUGCUAGCCGAAGCAGGAAUGCAGGGGACUGGGGAAGAGGGCCAUAAACAGGAACUUUAAUUACUUUUAAUUGUGGCAACAGUAAAGUAAAAAAAAAAGUGAAUGAAUAAAACUGCACUCUUCAGGCAACGGAAUUUGUCUUUGGAAAGAAAGAAAAGCAGUCCACAUUCAAAUUGAACCUCUACAAUGUUCUGUAGCUUUCAAGGAAUUCUUCAUAUUUGUUGAAUUAAUAGGGUUUGCUUAAAAACAAUUAUUUUCAAGUGAUUAUUUGGUACCUGCCAGAUUUUUGAAUUACGUUUUUAAUAAUGUUAGGCCAGCUGGUGUCUAAUAAAGAAUGAAUGUAAAGCUGUGAGGGACAAGAAAUGAGUGCUGUGAUUCACUGUUUGGUUAG